AUGUUCUCACUCAAGAAGAAGAAGACCAAGGGCAUUCAGGGUGGUGCAUUCCCGGUAUCAGAGCCACUCCCAACAGAAGAGCUAGUUGAACCACCAUUUGAAUACCUGGAGCAACAUCAUAAAAAAACUCUGCAUAGCCAAGCACAUAUUCAGAUGCCCUCCACCAAUGUCACUCCUAUAAGCGUUAGUAUCCCUUCUAAAGGCAACACAAAUUUGGGGAAAAGCAGCGCAAACUUGGCUAAAAGUGCAACAAAUAUUCACCUCAAUGAUCUCAGUCCACCUAUGCAUCAAUUCGACUGUGCUCAAAGUGGUGAUGAAUCCGACAACUACCAUAAUCAGAUGGAGCAUUUGCGCUCUCAAUUCUAUACACCGGAUCCCCAGAAACGAACAAAAGAGUACCAUCUUGAGCAAUCCACACAAGCAAUAGAGCUUCUCAAAAUGGCAGCCAAGCCGGAUGGCUGGAAAAAAGUUGAUAAGCACAAGUCUGGAUGUGUUGUCUAUCAGUCCACGAGUGCAGCAACGAUACCGGGUCAUGGUGAACACAAAUAUCCCGCCUUCAAAGGAGAACAUGUCAUCCGUGGAUUCAAAGCUCAAGAUAUAUUUUCAAUUGUCAGUGUCAGAAAACUAUGGGACGAUUGGUAUGAUGAGCUUAGCUGUAUAGAUACGUAUAACGAUACGACAACGCUUAUGUAUAUGGUCAUGAAGGGCACACUAUCUGCAAAAACUCGUGAUAUCGCCAUGGUAGAGCGGAUAGAGUUUGCAAAGGAUGGAACGAUUUAUGCUGCUUCCUGCUCUGUCGAGUCUUCAAAAAUCCCAGCGGUGACAGGAAAAGUGAGGGCAAUUAUCUUUCUCGCUGGUUGGGUCAUCCAGCCACUUCCUUCUAACCCUCCAAUCACUAAGAUCACAUAUGUGAUCCAAACAGACUUGUUGAGCCGGCUUCCAAAGUUCAUUGCGAAGCGUUCAUUGAUUAAGCGGGCUAUGGCCAUCACCACUGUUGAGACAUACCUCAGGAAGAAUGGCCCACCAACAUUAACUGUUGCUGCGGCCGUUAAGACUGCGAAUCGACACCGCAGCCUCAGCGAGCCGGUCAAAGUGGAUCGUCUCCUUCUACCCCCAGACUCUGAUGAUGAAGAGCAAAAUGAUUCAUUCCUUGAACCUAUCAAGGCUAGACGCGAGCUACGCUUCAUGGAUGAAAGUGGAGACUCAACCAUUGAGGAGCCGGUUGUAAAAAGACGUGUGAAACAGAAUGGUCCAGGAGCAGCAAGAUCACCAACAACACGUAAUUCGUUAAUGGUUCCAAACUCUACUUUCGGUCAGGAGUACACGGGAAGCAAUUCUUUCAUGAGCGAUUCUGACCUCUUUAGAGAUUCUUCGGCAUUUGGAAAAAGCGGCAUCAUUGAGGGCACUCAUAAGAAGAAGGAGGAGCCACCAGCUUUGCCCACGACACCUCGUCCCCAGCCAAUGCACUCAAAGAAGCUGGGUUCACGAGAGAAGUUGCCUGAGAGACUGCAGGAGAAAUCUCGCCCCCCGCUGAACCUAGCCAAGACCACUGCUUCAGAGACAACCGAUAGCCGUAGAGCUACGGCUUCGAAGCGCAUCUCAAUUCCUGUUGUGGCUCCAAAGUCCGAGGCAAGGAUGAAAGCAUAUUCUGGAAACAAUCACAGUAACAGCACUAACCAACUUGCGGUCCCAGAGUCAGGAUCAAUCGGACUGAUCACACCGAAUACUCCGCCACUGACCCCCCCUGCGUCUGUCGACGGCAAGGACGGCUCCUCGGACUCUGACACUGCACAGCCAUCCCCUGAAGUUAAGGUUGUGCUUCGGGCACCUAAGAACACACCCCAUCCUGUUGACACAUCAAGGCCCAAUUCGUUGGCUAUGGCCUCUUUGGCAAUGAAAUCUCCCUCUGCCAUGAUGGAAGCCACAACGCGCCGCCAUAGUACGCUGUUGAGCCGCCCUUCAGCAUUUGUACCCCGACAUAGCAAUGCAAUGCCUAUUCGCGGUAAUCCUAAUGUCUCUUUGCAAUCCUUGUGCCGUCCAUCCGGGGCUAGCGGCUCCAUGCCAACAGCCCUGAAGCGUCACUCCACCGCUCCAAGUCUCGACUCGAAUCGCUCUUUCGUCACAUACACACCUGUGAUGGUCUUGCCUCACCGACACUCCGAAACUGCCCGAAAGGCUCUUGCCAUGUUUAAAGUCUUAGCCUCAAGUCCUGAAGAUCGUUGGCGAGCCAUUUCGAGUGAGAACGGCUUCAAAAGUUAUUCCAGAAUCAUUUCUGGAGCUGGCUUGCCCAUGCUUCGAGGGGAAGGUACCAUCACUGGUGGUUGGACUGUUGAGCAGAUCAACGCUGUGAUUGAGUCUGCAGGCUGCAGGCAAGUCUGGGAUGAGCGAUUCGAAAACAUGUCGAUUGCAGAGACAUUUAACCAUAAUGAAUACCUAUUCCAUAUCACUCUUCGGGGUAUUGGCUCCUUGACUGGCCGUGAUCUAGCCGGGGUGACCAUCAUUGACAGAGAUCCUCAGACAUGCGCUCUUUACAAUGUCUCGACAUCAGUUCUCGAUCCAACUAUCCCAGAGGACCCCGGGCGUAUUCGUGCUAUGCUUGAGCUUUCGGGCUGGUCUCUACGCCCUACGUUCGAUGGCCAAGGGAAUACA